GGAAAGGCUGAGGUCAGGGCUACAAUGCAGCAUUUCACGCUGGAGCUCGCACGGGGAAGACGGUUCCUCUGGCCAUCCGCUGCGGUGACACACGAUCGUCCAGGAAUCGACAUGUCUGUCAUUAAGUGCUGCUCGAUAUUAUCGCUGAUGUUUUUGUGGCUUGCUCCUCAAGUCCAUCCUAAAAGAAUUUUCAGGUGUCCUUCUGCCUGCUCUUGCUCCAAGGAGUCAAUCAUUUGUGUCGGCUCGUCCUCUGUCCCGCGGAAUAUCCCGAACGACAUAAACUCGCUGAGCGUCAUAAAUGGAACCUUCCCUGAGAUCAAAGAGGCGAUGUUCUCGCACAUCCCGUCUCUGCAGCUGCUGCUUCUUAAUUCGAAUUCCUUCACCACCAUAAGGGAUGACGCUUUCACGGGUCUCCCACACCUGGAAUACCUGUUCAUCGAGAACAACAAGAUCGAGACGACCGGCAAACACGCCUUCCGGGGCCUGCGGGACCUGACCCACCUGUCACUGGCCAAUAACAACAUGAAGGCUCUGCCCCGCGACCUCUUCAUAGACCUGGAUUCGCUCAUCGAGCUGGACCUGCGGGGAAACGCGUUUGAGUGUGACUGCCGGGUGAAGUGGGUGAUGACGUGGCUGAAAAGCACCAACGCCACGGUGUCGGACAUCACCUGCACCGGCCCGGAGGACAUGCAGGGCCAGAGACUCAACGACCUGCAGAGCCUGCAGAGCGACUGCAUCUCCACCGACUUCACCCUGCAUCAGUCGGUGGGGGUCCAGUCCCUCUCUGUGGACACCUUCUCCUACAAGAGCGACGUCUUUGUGGCCAUCGCCUCUCCCAACACAGGCAGCUGCAUGGUCAUGCAGUGGGACCACAUCGAGAUGAACUUCAGAACUUACGACAACAUCACAGGGCAGUCUAUCGUCGGGUGCAAGUCGGUGGCGAUCGAGAGCCACGUCUUCCUCAUUGUGGCCCAGCUCUUCGGCGGGUCCCGGAUCUACAAGUUCGACGAGGACCAGAACCGCUUCUCCAAGUUCCAGGACAUCGAGGUGGCCAAGGUCUCCAAGCCCAACGACAUCGAGGCCUUCCAGAUCGCCAAGGAGUGGUUCUUCAUCAUGGCCGACAGCGCCAAGGCCGGCAACUCCACCAUCUACAAGUGGAACCACCAGGGCUUCUACUCCUACCAGUCGCUGCACAUGUGGUUCCGGGACACGGACGCCGAGUUCGUCAGCAUCGAGGGCAAGCCCCGCCUAAUCCUGGCCAGCCGGUCCCAGGCGCCCGUCAUCUACCAGUGGAACAAGGGCGGCCAGUCGUUCACGCCCCUGGGGGAGAUCCCCAACAUGGAGGACGCGGUGGCUGUCAAGGCCUUCCGGAUCAAGGAGGACCACUACCUGGCGUUGACCCGCUACAUUGGCGACUCCAAGGUCCUCAAGUGGACCAGCAAGGAUUUUGUGGAGCUGCAGGCGCUGCCGUCGCGGGGAUCCAUGUCCCUGCAGCCCUUCUCCUUCAAAGAGCGGCACUACCUGGCCCUCGGCAGCGACUACACCUUCAGCGGGAUCUACCGCUGGGACGAGGAGGCCAAGGCCUUCCAGCUCUUCAAGGAGGUCUACAUCCACGCGCCCCGCUCCUUCACCGUGGUGUCCACCGGCCGGCGGGAUUUCAUCUUCGCGUCGAGCUUCAAGGGCAACACGCAGAUCUACGAGCACGUCAUCAUCGACCUGAGCUUGUGAAGACGGGGCAGGUCCCUCAGACCCGGCCCGGCCUCGAGCCCCGACCGAGCACUGAGAGAGAAAGAGGGAAGGACUGCGUGACAUUAUCAGGUAUCACUCCAUAUCCAUGCGUGUCUUGCAUUUGUAUUAAGGCUUUCAUCUGAACGGGGUUAUAGUUUAUCACGUCCCGGGACUGUUUGACGUGCACGUGCGACGACUACGGCCAGUUCCAUCAGCUGACAAACACAACGAGAGGUCAUUAAGGGUCAUCCUUCCCAGGGUGGUGUUUUUCCGGAAAGGUCACUUCCUUCAGUGUUGGAGACCGGUAGCCGCAUUUCACAGCAAUUGCUUUUUACCCUUACAAGGGGUGUGUGUCUUAAUCCUUGCAUCGUUUAUCCUCUGUCACAUUGUUGAAUCAAGGCGUAUUUAAGGAAAAUGUGAGCGUUGUAACUGAGGAGAAGUCCACAAGCACAGUCCUCCAGGCACCCAGCUUCAAAGGUGACUGGAUCGGCCAAUGCAGCAACAGGUCCAGUGGUAAUCUUUGGCGUUAUAUUGCGUUGCCUAUCCAUUUGAAAUAAAUAGUCCCAUCAGUGAAUAUGCACCAGACUAUUCUGGAAUGUAGGCAGGCAGAACUCCAAAAAAAAAAAUGACACAAGGUUAUUUUAAAAGGACAAUUAUCAAAAAUUUUAUUUGAUGAAAGAGGUGUUGGGUUGAGGUGGAAAAGUGAGGUUUCACAAACGAUGGGUUGAGCUACCAUGAGCUGUCAGUCACUAACAUUUUCUCAACCAAUCAAAACUAUUUUCCCAUCACAGCAGAAUCCAGUGAUUGGCCCACAACAGAAUGCAUAUGAUAGCUCCUCCCAUUUAAUGUUCUAUAGAGACUCACGUUCCCACCAAUGGCGUUCGGAGAGCUGGAUGGGACGGGUCCAUGGAAGCCUCGAUCGUGGGCCAGGAGCAGAUGUUAGCGUGCUCUCUACAGCUGGUCCACAGGGGAGUGACAAUGCCACAAAUGAACAGAUAGACUGGUGUUUCCUCCUCAGCUUCUCCCUGUACAACCCCUUUCUACGUCUCCAGUGUGUUAGACUGGAAUAUUGUUACGAUGCAACAUUGCAUCAGCCAUCUUAGCUGCAACGGCAUUGCAAUAGAAACGGGAGACGUAGCCUGCUGACAUGCUGACUGCCUGAACAUCGGCCUCAAGUUUUUUUUUUGCUUCCGUAUUUUAAAUCAUUCCCUAUCUCUCAAAAUCUUGUAAGGACAAAACUGCGUUUAGAGGGCACUUACAAGUAACCAGUCGUGUAAAUAGUAUAUUUAAACUCGAUUAGUUCCGUUUGUGGCCAUGGGUAGUGUGGCUGUAGAAUAAAUCUUGUGAUAAUCAUGUAAUAAAUCCUGUACUAUAAGAUAAUGAGUCAUUCAAUUUCCUAGGAGUUAAUAAACGACAUGUCAUUGCAGUUAGCUGGAAUUGGCCACACGGCUGUAAGUUCAAGUCCUUAACAACAGUGGCAGUCCCAAACAGUGUUUCAAUAAGUCAGCCCGCUUCAACCUUACAGACAGCUCGCGUGGAUCAAGUUUUUGUUUACGAAAGAUAAUGUACCACUAUAGUGUGCUAUAAAUAGUGAGAAAGGCAUUGCCAGUUAUGUAGGACACAACAGAAUACACAAAAGAUGGAAGCCAAAUAUAGCAACCCUUGUUUUCCGUCUGCUACGCCAGUUUGAAUGCCAACAGCGUUUGCGCACAGCCUGAAAUUCUGUUGCUUGUAGACGCAUGUCACUCAAGGCUGAAUGUACAAUCAGUUCAUGUUUAUGAAAACUUUGAAACUUUCAAUAGCCAGCCUUGACAUGCACCUCUGGCAGUAUAGACCUACAAACCCUCUUACUAAAAUAUGCAACUUGUACGUGUACAUUUUUGUACGGUUAUAAAUAUACGGAUUAAUGCGUAAUGAAUGUUUCCCCUCAAGAAUAAUGAAAACUCUUUAAGAUGACAAUAAAAAUGGAAAUGAA